AUGUCGGUUCCUCGCGCGCGGCUGCUCGACCUGAUGAGGGCUCAAUGCGAGCUCUUCUCCACCACGUUCAACCCCGAGGGCAUCCGGACGGGCAACAAGAUCCUGCGCCAGCGACUAAAGGGUCCCGCGCUUGCCUCGUACUACCCCCGAAGGAUCACGACGUUCCGCGAAUUCCAGAAAGCGUUCCAAUCGCUGCAGCUGGAGAUUGAGGAUGAGGAUGAGCUUGAUCGCCUGGAGCAUAUCGCUGCGUGCGUCGCCUCUUCCCCGCGGCCGGUUUUUGCGUCGGUCUAA